UGGAGCUAUUCAAGAUGGAAGCCUCCAUAGGAAAUGCAAGUGGAAACACCGAGGAGAGGCAUAAUCUGGAGUCAGUGAAACACACAAUUCUUGUCUUGUCCGGGAAAGGAGGAGUUGGGAAGAGCACGGUGACCACCCAGAUUGCUCUGGCACUCAGACAAAAUGGGCUGAAGGUCGGUGUACUUGACAUUGAUCUGUGUGGUCCAAGUAUUCCUCGCAUGCUAAAUGUGCAGGGAAAGGAUGUGCACCAGUGUUCACGGGGGUGGGUUCCGGUAUAUGCAGACAUGGAGCAACGCCUUGCAGUAAUGUCCAUUGGGUUCUUGUUAGGAGGCAGUGAUGAUGCCGUGGUGUGGAGAGGACCCAAGAAGAACGCAAUGAUUAAACAAUUCCUGAGUGAUGUUUUCUGGAGCGAUCUUGAUUACCUUAUCAUUGAUACUCCACCUGGCACAUCAGAUGAACACAUCACAGUCGUUGAGAGUUUACAUCAGUACAGGCCAGAUGGAGCCAUCUUAGUCACAACACCCCAGGCAGUUGCCGUGGGUGACGUCCGGAGAGAACUCACAUUUUGUCGGAAGACUGGCAUACCAGUCUUGGGUGUCAUAGAAAACAUGAGUGGCUAUGUCUGCCCGCACUGCUCUGAAUGCAGUAACAUCUUUUCAAAGGGAGGAGGCGAGUUAUUUGCCAGGGAAUUUUCCAUACCAUUUCUUGGAUGCAUUCCCCUAGACCCACAACUCACCAGAUGCUUGGAGGAGGGCAAGAGUUUCGUUGACUGCUUCCCGACAUCACCAUCGGUUGGCGCAAUCCAGGACAUCGUUAAGACGUUACUACAAAACAAUAGCUUGUCCAGGACUUGAUUACUGCACCAUUGAUCAUUUUUUUCAAACUAGCCCAUACUGUUUAAAGAGUAUUUCUUGUAAUAACAUAACCUUGAUGCCCUGGGGCUUUAAGUGGAAAUUCCAAUACCUUGUUGAAUCAAACCUAAAAUUACAGUUGGGUUACACUAUCCGAGGUCAGUGGGUUCCCAACCUCAACUCCAUGGGCUGUUUGCAUGUUCCUUCACUAGCCCCUGGUCGUAUUGAAUACAAAAAUGACUGACUGGCUAUUCAUGAUGAAUAUAUAUGAAUGUAUUGUCAAUCUGAAUAGUCAAAGCUGUACGCUCAUGCUCACGUAUUCUCUUGCACGUCACACACGCAUAAAUGUGCAUUGUGCUUAAAACACUGACUAAAUUAAAAGUCCUUAUUUAAAUAUCUCAAAUGGUGAGAUAUUUCAAUUAUACAAUACCAGGGGUUAGAUCGUACAAGGUGUGGUGGGGACCAACAUGGCGUGGCAAGAUCGUACCCAUGGCCAUGGGAACCAGGUUGGUGGGUUCCUUUUGUUGAGGCGAGACUCCGUAAACAAUGGGACUCCAGACCAUGGGAGUCUGUUUAUUGACAUGUUAUUGAUGCCUGGAUAUUACAAUCCUGUUUAAAACAAAAUCCUAGAGAAGCAAUCACUUGUAGGAUGGGUACGCUUAAUUUACAUCGCAUUUAUACAUAUUUAUGGCCCCACAUCAUCAGAUCAGGUUCCUUACCUGAGAGCAGAUCUACUUGGGGCCUUUGAGGCGAGCCAUUGUAUUUUUGGAUGCAUGGGUGCCACCAGAUUUUUUUUCGGGAGGGGUUAAAUCACUGUUUUCCAGUGGGAAAAAUAUCGGGGGGGGGGACACUGAUGAAAUAUUUGACGGGGGAGGGGGAGGUUUUUUGUGAUUUUUAUCCCCCAAGCCACACCCCCUCCCCCAGACGGCAGCGUUUGGAUGUCGUUCUUUGCUCUGGGUUAAGGGAGCAUGCUAACUUAUUCUUAUGCUGUUUUUGAUCAAACCGUACAUGUCAAUCAGUUGUUGCUAGGUGCCAAGGUCAGCAUCCCAGAUACCCUGCUAUUGCAUGAAAAUAUUUUAAAAAUAAAAUAAAAGGUGAAGGACACCCUUCAAAUGUCGUUAACCUCAUUAUGCUUUAAAAAUGAAACAAAAGUAAUGCUGGUUUAUUUGUAAGUAUCUUAUUACAUGUAUGAAAUCGUCUUUAUUUGAAAUAAACUAUGUACCUAUUUCAAA